AAUGCAAGUGAACAGGGCAGAGUGAGCAGACCGCGAGUUCUUUCCCUCACGCCCCGGCCUAGCCAGAGAAGAGCGCGCAGCGUGGCUCCGUCUGUCCUGCGCGAGACGUGGCCUGCGUGGAGGUCGGGUGGAGAACGUACAACAGGUGGUGGUCAGCUGGAGAGGAAAGGAGACUGUUGCAGCAUCGAGUGGCCGUUCACGGAGCUCAGAGGCAUACGUGGCGAGACUAGAGACUUCUAGAUGGUCUGUGUAUGGAGCGGGAAUGUCCCCAUUCUAUCACUUCUGUGAGAAUCAAAGCAGAAGGGACAAAAAUAGAGUGGGAACCUUCAGGACAGUGAUGCGGGACCCGCAGCACGAGAACACAAGCACCACGUGCAGGUCCUAGGCUUCUACAGUACGCCGGGUCGAGCCUUCUUGACAGCCGAAGCACUUUUGGACCAAAGCAGAGCCCGUGAGCUCUGAGGAGCUCCUUGUUCUCCAUCCAGCAGCUCCGGUGUUUCCUCGGGGUUGAAACUUCUACCAAAUCUACGUGUACCGCGAUUACACGUGCUUGCAUGAAGUGAAGUCGCAAUCCCCUGAAAGCAAUCUUCUAGGAACACGUUCUCAUCUGCGCUUCUAAUCAAAGCCCUGUGGUUUUCUGUUCCUCAAACUGACCGUUUACUACAAAGGGCAUUUUAAUGUGCGGCUGAGCUCCUGAGGGUGUCGAGGAGCUCUGGACGUUGAGAAAUGAUGGAGCAGAUGAUGAGGUUUUUCACAGGGCUAUGGGAGCUGGUCCUCGACAAGCAUGCCGAGGGUGUGCACAACACCGUGUGUCUGGUUGUGCUGCUCACUCUGCCGCUGCUCGUCUUCACCGCCGUCCUGCUCGUGUGUUGCCACUGCUGCUGCGGAUGCUUGUGCUGUCGCCAUGGAGACAGGGCCACCAUCGCCAGGAGCCCGGCAGAAAGCAAGCAGAAGAAGAAGAAGAAAAAUGGCAGGCAGAAGGAGGAGGACCUGUGGAUCUCGAUGAACACGAAUCUCACGACAGCGGAGAGGUCAGCCUUCACCAUGGUGUAGCCAGCCACGGCCCGCAACACAGGACAGAUCAAUACGUUAGCGGGCCUAGCUCUUUAUACGGUGUGGUACGUGUUGGAGGGUCGCGACCUCUGCUGCUGCGAUUCUGAAAUUCCCAAAUUAGGGAGAAAGACGUUUGCACAAUCCAUUCAUUUCAUUUCCUAGGUCAAGGGGUGGGGCUUAACUUGAGCUGAGGACAGGAGGUGGUGUGAGAUUAAGGAUUAAUUGUACAGAAUAAUGUGCGUGCACGUGUCUGCACGUGCGUGUGUGUGUGUAUGUGUGUGUAUGAGAGAGAGAGAGAGAGAGAGAGAGAGAGAGAGAGAGAGAGAGAGAGUUUGUUAUUUUCUUAUUUUCUUAUUUUCCCACACAAGAAGAAACAUUUUGCAGAACUUUCCAGUUGUGCUCCAGUUAAGCUCUUGUGAAAACUGCACUUAAGAAAAAAAAUAAUAAUUCAGUAAUACAUAGUUUGGUAUUUUUUGAAAAUGAAACAGAGAAGGUGACCUUGUUGACCUUCUUCUGAAGCACUCGGAGAUCACCUCUGACUGCAUUCAAAUCAGUCCAUUCUGUCCUCGUGAGCGUUCGGCUAAGCGUCAUUCCCCAUAACCCUCCAGAAACUUAGGCUUGUUGAGCAUUAGCCUUAAACUCAACUCUUGUGUCAUACCGAAAUGUGAGACACAUCAGUAGUAGGGCAUGACGAGUGCUCUGCACUCGAGUAUUUCUGUGGGCUCCUGAGAGCUGGUUUAGAAGCAUCAGAUCUGAACCAAACAUUAAUCUUUUAAGGUAUUUGACCAGUCGCAAUCCCAAAUGUCCUUGAUCUCAAGAAGUGUUUUGUAAGGGCUAUUGUGAAAUGUGAAUUUUAACAUUUUUUUUAGGGGGUGCGUUAAUGCACUAACAUGGGGGAAAAUAUUAGUAUCUUGAAUUUCAAAAGUUAUGUGUGUGCUUUAACAUUUAUUGGCUACAAUUGUAGUCGAUCUAACAGAUCCAAAUGCAUCACGUCUGGUAUCUUUCCGGGCACUUUACUUAUUCCCAAACUUCCAUAUUUAGGGCCAACUGCUGAUACUUCCUAAAGUCAUCAGGAAAUAAAGAUAGGAAAUUUCCCUGUUUAUCUUUCUGGGGCGAAGGACUCGGUCAUUCCAGCUCCGUUGCUGCCACAUCCGUGUUCUGUAAUACAUACCGACCUGAUCGGCGAGACUGCGGAGCGUUGAUAAGACCAGUUCUGCGUGAAUGUGGAAGUCAAUAGGAAUGCGCUAAAAUAACUUCACAUUGUCUCACACCACCCUGGUUGAUGCUUACUGCCACUGAUAGUCCUUCUCUGUUGCCCAGAUUGAUGGAAAUAAAGAUAUUUUUCUAUGUA